AUGGCUGAGAAUUAUGCUCGUGGCGACAUGCUCGGUCAGGGCACUUUUGCCGUUGUUUACAAAGGGCAAGAUAAGCGGACGGGCAAGGUAGUGGCGCUGAAGGAGAUCUUCGCGGACGAGAAAAGCACCGAUGGCAAGAAGGGUUUGGACCCCACCGCCCUUCGGGAGAUCAAACUGCUGCGGGAGCUGCGCCACCCCAACAUUAUCCGACUGGAGGACGCCUACCCCAAGAAGAAAUCUGUGGUGCUGGUGUUGGAGUUCAUGCACAGUGAUCUGGAGGCGAUCAUUCGGGAUCAGAACCUGGUGUUGGCGGCGGCGGAUGUGAAGAGCUACAUGCGACAGCUGCUGGCGGCGUUGGACACGUGCCACAGGCGUUGGGUGCUCCAUAGGGACAUCAAGCCCAACAACUGCCUCAUCGCGCCUGAUGGAUCACUCAAGCUGGCAGAUUUCGGACUGUCACGUUUGUACGGCAGCCCUGACGGCCGCCUCACACAUCAGGUCUUUGCGCAGUGGUAUCGCGCGCCGGAGCUGUUUUUCGGUGCCCGGCAGUACACCGCGGCAGUGGACGUCUGGGCGGCGGGCUGCAUUUUCGGGGAGCUGCUGCUCCGAAGGCCGCUAUUCGACGGCAUGUGCGACAUCGACGUGUUGUCCAAGGUGUUCGGGUUGCUGGGCACCCCGGGGGUGGAGGGCAACUGGCCGGCAGCCAAGGACCUGCCGUACUUCCUGCAGUUCACGGAGAACAAGCCGGUGCCGCUGCGCCAGGUCUUCCCGGCGGCCAGCGGCGACGCGCUGGACUUGUUGGGUCGCAUGAUACAGCUGGAUCCGUUGCGCCGCAUCUCCUCCACCGAUGCGCUGCGCCACCCUUACUUCACCAACAAUCCGCCGCCCACGCCGCCGGCGCUGCUGCCGCGCACGGCGAAGCGCGAGGAUGCGCCGUUGCUGGCUCCGGGGCAGGCGGCCCCAGGGAAGGGUGGUAAGUGCAAUAAAGAGGCCGCAGAAAGGGGGGGGGAGGAGGUUCCUAGGGGGAAAAUGCACGUGCGCGGACUCCCAAAGGGGUGA